UUGUUGCGAAAGUUACAUUGACAGUAAGUCCAGCUAGUCGGGGGUACCAGGAAACAGCAGGUCACGCGAGGACAUAAGGACAUAAGCACACAGGUGAAGUUUUGUGGCAAUGGCAGACAGUGGCAAGAGCCCAGAGGUUAGUGGAGCCUCAGAGAAGCCAGACUGUGGGGAGCAGCAGAGUGUGGUGUCGCGUGUGGGGAACCUGCCGCUGGUGAGCUCCGCGUGCGGCGUGGUGUCGAGCGCCUACAGCAGCACCAAAGACAGCGUGCCCCUGCUGCGCGGCGUGAUGGACGCGGCCGAGAGCGGGGUGCGCACGCUGGGGGCCGCUGCCACCGCUGGAUCCAAGCCGCUGUUGGAUAAGCUGGAGCCACAGAUUGCUGUGGUGAAUGAAUAUGCCAUGAUGGGAUUGGACAAGGUCGAGCAGAACCUUCCAAUCCUGCAGCAACCUGCUGACAAGUUGGUGUCAGACACCGUGGGCAUGGUGUGCCAGUCAGUGUCCGGGGCCAAGGAAGCAGUGACAGGUGCAGUGAUGGGGGCAGUGAUGGGGGGCGUGGAGCUGACCCGCUCUGCCGUCAGUGGGGGCCUGAACACAGUUCUCGGGUCCCGUGUGGGCCAGAUGGUGAGCAGCAGCAUGGGCAUGGUCCUUAGCCACUCUGAGGACUGGGUGGACCAGAACCUGCCACUGACUGAGAGGGAGCUGGCUGCCCUGGCAGAAACUCCGACAGGUGAGGAGACAGGAUCGGUGGUGAGCUCCAGUCCUAGCUACUUCGUGCGCCUCGGCAAUCUGUCCGCCAAGGUGCGGGAUCGCGCCUUGGGGCAGUCCCUGCUGAAAGCCCGACAUGCACGUGAUGUCACGCACUCUGCCAUAGCCCAAAUCACCAGCACCUUAGACCUGCUGGAGAGCGCCAGGGCCACCCUGGCCACUGCCAACAACCAGCUGAGCGGGGCAUCAGAGCAGCUGCUACAACGCUGGACAGAGUGGCAGAAGGGACAACCGAAGGAUAAAGAUGAACAGGCAGAGAAGGACAUUGAGAGGGACCAGGGAGAGCAGUUGGAGUGGCGUACCCUCUCCAUGGUUCGUGGUCUCAGUGGACAGCUGCAGUCAGCAUGCUCUGGGGUGGUGUCCAGUGCACAGGGUCUCCCAGGUGCUGUACAGGAGCAGCUGGCUAAUGCGCGGCGAGCUGCUGAGGAGCUGCACUCUUCCUUGGGCAGCACCAGCACCCUCUCCCCCCUUCUCCUUGAGCAGAGUCGCCACCACUUGACACAGGUGCGACAGUCUUUGGAUGGUGUGAUGGAGUACCUUCUCAACAACACCCCCCUUAACUGGCUAGUGGGGCCCUUUGCACCCCAGAUCAUAGAGAAGGGAGAGGAGAGGUCCCAGGGGGAUCAGGGCAACCCACCAAAUCAGGGCCAAUGAGCUGUAAUGGAGGCAGGAAGGGCGUGGUCCAGUUCCAUUUGAACAUAAAGGCUCCAGGUUAUUCUAUAAAUGUUAUUGGGUGCUGUAAGCAUGGAAUUACCUGAAAGCAAAACAAUUAGCACUAAUAAAGUAACUAGCACCAAUUAAAAUUCAUUCAUAUUUAUUUUUCAACUGCAUAAUUAUGUUUUAACCAGGUCUAUGACUGUAGAAAAUUAGCACUUGUAUCAUAUUUGCAAUGAUAUUGGAUGUUGCUUAAAAUUAUUAAUAGAACACUUGUUCCUAAACUAGAUUUUGGUUGCAGUAAAAUGUGUCCUUACAGAAUUUCCUUUUGAAAUAAUUUUACUUUGGUAAUGCAAUGCCCCAUCAUUUCUAGGCAACCCAGCAGAGAGAAUCAUAGCGUACGAAACUUACUUAACAGUCUGGAAAAAGUUACCAUAGUUGGGGUUGGCCUACUACGCCAUAAAUUAGACAGGUUGCUGCUCAUCAGUAAUAGGAUGACCUUUCUGCAUUACCUUGUGUUUCUGCUUUUCCCGCCCUUGGUAAGAGGCAUGUGUACCUGGCCAGACAGUAACAAAUCAGAUAUGAGUUUGGAAGGCCAAACAGAGUGACCCUUUCCUGAUGGAAGUGUCUUGACACGUGACAUUAGUGGGGCAGACAGCUUUAUCACUCAGGUUAUUUAAAAGGACUUUAAAUAACCCCUCCGUUACCUAAUUGGAUCAGUCAUAAUACAUAUGUAGUAUUGGCUGUUUUCUGUAGAACAUCAAAGCAAAUUCAACUUGUUCAUAACACUGUUAAUUAUCAAUCAAAUUGAUCAUUUAACUUUAUCCAUAAUUAAGCUAUAUUAAGGUAUAUUAGAAUUGUAAUAAUAUAAUUCUAAUGGUGGAUCAUUUUAUCACACAUUUAUCGUUUUCUUCAGCAUUGUUUAAAAGACAGCAUUAGUACCUGAAUAACAAGAAUGACAUGUAAGAGAGACAUAGAAAAUGUUGUAGAAUUUGGCCACAGAUAAAAGCUUUGCCAGUUUAAUUACUGUUAUUUAUCUGGCAGUUGCUAUUAUUCAGUAAAAACACUUACAAGGUCAUGAUGGCAGGAUACAUUAAAAUACAUAGCAUAUCAUGAUAGUAACAAGGAAAAGGCCAUAGGUUCAGAACAGCCAAUAACACAGUAAAUUAGCUGUUGAAAACAAAGUUGAAAACAUACAAGCAUACAAUGGUAAUUUCAUUAGCAUACAAAUAGUUUCUAACAAUUGUCCCGAAGAGCACAUACCUGCAUAAUACUAAUGUGCACAUAGAGCCUAAUAACGAUCUAUAAGAGAAACACCAGAGUAUAUCAUAGUGUUCAUAUGGGACCAAACAAUGAUCAAUAAGAACUGUACUACACUAUAUCAGAUUGCACUUAGAUGUUUAUGUAAUCAGGUACUAAGUGGUUAGUUUUGGACAUGCCCAAAUUCUGGGAACCAAAGUGAAAUCUGAACAUAUGUUUUCAGUCAGCAUCUGUCAGUAAGCGAUUCUGCAGUUGUGGCUGUUGCAGGGAGCUUGUUCCACCACUGGGGGGGACAGUGAGGAUAAAGGUCUAACUAGGGGUUUUGGCUAACAAAGGGGAGGAACUGCUUAACAACCAGAGGUAACUGUGCCAAGAGUUUUGUACCAUCUGUGACGAUGGACUGUAAGUACAAAGCAGCCAUAUCAUUUGCACAAGGGUCUUGAGCCUCAGUCAAGUGUCAGAAAAGGAACAUGGAGGAGAGGAAGACACAGUUAUAUGGUAUUGUGGUCUUACCAGAUCAUUUAAAAAGUAUUGCCAUUUACACUUUAAUAAUUGAGUGUUUAGUAAGAAAUCCAAAAGGAAGCCCAGGAUUCAUAGUUGAUAAGCCCAUGUUUUGCUCACCAAGUUUGGGUCUUCUGGUACUAGCUCCAUGUUCAGCUGGGUGGUAACUGUAAAAAUGUGGUCCCUGACAGACCUGUGAUAAACUUGUUGUUUCUUACUUCCCUGUGCAUUUUGCCCAAAACAGGGUUUACUAUGCAAAUAAAUGUCAUGUAACCAUUG